AUGGCCACGAUCAGGCCCUCAGAAUCCAUCUCACAAGCCACCCCAACACCGACCCUCCCUUCGAAAGCGCUCCCGACAAAUGCUGCGGUCUCCCAGAAAGCUGCAAAGCCCGUCGCAUCCAGCGCCCCGCGGAUAGAUCUCGAACCAUUGUACACGGCGCUGAAAUCUGCAAUUGGGGACAACUGGGGGAUAUACAAAGAAGCAACAAGCCUGUUCAUACUAGGACAACUAAACCAAGAAGAGCUCUCCAGGCGCAUAGACCAUUUCAUACGCACCGAUGCUUCACGAGAACGCCUUCACAAUCAAUUUAUAUGCGCCAUCUACAGCAAUGCCUUCCGCGACGCUCCCGAGCCCGGCGUCGCCAGCUGGGUGUCCGCCAACGACAAGCCCACAGCGGUGCCCAAGCCGGUGUCGGGAGAUGCCGCGGAGCAGAGACUCAAGACGGAGGUCAUGCAGCUACCGGCAAGAGAUAGGCACAGGCUGAAGGGUAUACCAGAUGACCCGUUCGACCAGUUUACGCAGACUAUGCAAGAGUUUCAUAUGGCGCGGCAGAUCAAGCUCCCGGACUUAGGACCGACCUCUGCUGGAGGGCUGAACAAGACCAACUGGGAUCUCGAGAUCCGCAAGCGCUACGCCCAACCCCUCUUCUCCGAAACCCUCGAAUUCCCCUCCGCCGAAUCCAUCAGCGCGCGCAUGCUACCCAUAUCCUACGAAGAAGGCCUCCCUAGCGGCGCCGCAGCCGGCUGCGCCGAGUUCGUAGCCAUCGCGGCGGAAACCUACAUCAAAGAAGCGCUAGCCAACUUCUUCGGCCGGGUGCGGAGCAACGGGGAGCGGUAUAUCAAGACGGCGGCGUACAAGCGGCAGCUCGAGCGGGAAGAGAAUUCGUGGCUCAAGGGCGAGGUCGUGAGGAACGCUGGGGGCUUCUUGCCCGUGGAGAUCGAGGCGAAUGCGAGGAGGGCGCCGCUUAAUGUUAAUGAUUUGAGGCUUGCGCUGGAGCUGGGGGAUAGCUUCCUUGGUCAGGUUCCGCUCAUUUCUGGAAAAAUUGUGAGCGAUGGGUAUGUCGACGCAGACGUGGAUGACUGGGACGAUACGCCGGCAGAUAAUGCGGGGCGGCCUCGCGCCAUGAAGGGCAUGAGCAGGCGCGUAGUUAAUGGUGGAGGCCACAGCGAUGAGAUGGACAUCGACGAGAACGACUGGGGUUGGCAGGGCGGUGCGGUCAACGAUCGAGACGCCCUGUGCUCGGUGCUGGAUGAUUGUCUGGCGCCCUGA